UUUGCCAUCAAAACCCAAGCUUCAGAACCCUAUGACUACUCAGUUAGCAUUGAUUGUGUGCCUGAGGCACUGCCUCCCCAAUACAACGGCGGCAUAAUCGAAAACCCAAGUUUCGAUUUUGGCCUUAAAAAUUGGAAAGAAUUCGGAAAUGCAAAAGUCGAGCCAAAAAAAUCAAAGGCCGGCAACCCUUUUUUGGUGGCUUUUGACCGGAAAAACCCAACAGACAGUGUCUAUCACUGGGUCAAUCUUAAGAACGACACAAUAUACGCAUUCUCAGGUUCGGAGCUCGUAUCAGCUUAUUACACGGGACUUGAUAACCGCAGUACAAUAAUCGGGUCUACGAUAGCGAAAUCCGGGUGUUGGUCACAGCUUAAAGGAGGGUUUACACCUAAUGAGGAUGUUCAAGCUGCACUGCAUUUUUCAACCAAUAACACUGAUGCUGAACUUUGGGUUGAUAGUGUUUCUCUUAAGCCAUUCACCAAUUUGGAAUGGCAAGCUCAUCAGAACAAAACCAUUGAUCAGAGUUCCAAUUCAGGAUUAGAAGGCACCAUUGAUUAUUCGUUUCUAUUUCAAUUUCGGAAGAGAACAAUUCGGAUCCACGUGUCGACCCGGGAGGGCAAGAAGCUCGGUGGCGGGAAGGUGUCCAUCCGUCAGACCCGACCCAAAUUCGUGAUUGGGUCGGGCACACCAGAGUCUAUCCUAACCCACAAGGAGUACCAAGACUACUUUAUCCGCCGCUUCACGGCGGCCACCUUCCACAACGAGAUGAAGUGGUACUUCACGGAGACCUACCCGGACGUCGAGAACUACACAGUCCCCGACGCCAUGACAAGCUUCUUCCGGGCCCACCGCAUCCCGAUCCGCGGCCACACCAUCCUAUGGGCAAGCACCAACUUGACCCAGUACUGGGUCAAGCGCCUCUCCCCGCCGGACAUCCUCAAAGCCGCCGUCCGCCGAGUAGGCUCGGUGGUGUCUCGCUACUCCCCGGACGUGAUCGGGUGGGACGUGAUGAACGAGAACCUCCACAACUCAUUCUACGAGGAGAACCUCGGCCCCAACGCCUCCGCCAUGUUCUACCAGAUUGUUCACGCGCUCGACCUCGGCAAACCCCUAUUCCUCAACGAGUAUGUGGACAAGAUUCGGGAGACAAAGGCAUUCCCCGGCAAUGAGCAGAUGAAGGUGUACGUGGGGCUGCAGGGCCACUUCUUCCGGCGGCCCAUGGUCUCGUACAUACGGGCAGUGUUGGACACGUUGGGUGCGACAGGGAAUCCGAUAUGGAUAACCGAGCUCGACACGCGGCGCGGGCCCACACAGGCUCCCCAACUGGAGGAGGUGAUGCGGGAGGCCUACUCCCACCCGGCCGUGGAGGGCAUCAUCGUGUGGGGCGGGUGGAAGCCAACUGGGUGCAACCAGACGUGUUUGGAGGACACAAACUACUACACGCUCCCGACAGGGUGUUCCGUGAUGUGCCUGGUCGACAACAACUUCCGGAACCUUCCGCCGGGGGAUGUGGUCGACAAAUUGAUCGAUGAGUGGAAGAGCAAUGUGGAUGGGGUUACCGAUGGGAACGGCGUUUUCCAACAAAGGGUGUUUCUAGGGAGUUAUAAGCUUAAGUUCGAGCAUCCGGAGGUCAAGGGUACCGUGAAGAGGAGGUUCAACGUCACGGUUGGGGAGAGGGACUUGGAGUUCAAGCUU